AUGGACGCUGCGAGUGUGGUAGCGCUGGUCAAGUCAACCCAGAUGAUCUUCCUGGGUUUGGCAGCUUUAGGGCUGACUCUUUACAAGUGGCCAAGUGACGUCUCUGUACCUGAUAAAGCUGAAUACGACUACGUAGUCGUGGGAGCCGGUACAGCGGGUAGCGUUGUUGCUAAUCGGCUUAGCGAGGACCCGGAUGUCAAUGUUCUACUCAUAGAGGCAGGAGGUGACCCUCAUUUUGAGACUCAGUAUGCUGGCUUAUUCACAUACCUGACGAAUACAGAAAUGGACUGGAAUUACACAACGGAAAACGAUGAUUACACCGCUCAGUAUCACAAAAACAAAUAUUUAUCUUUGCCUACGGGAAAAGUUCUGGGUGGAUGCAGCUCCAUUCUUCACGUAUUCUAUGUUAGAGGUCACCCUUGCGAGUAUGAAAUGUGGGCAGAAGCCGCCGGCGAUGAAUCGUGGAAUUGGUGGAACCUUCUCCCUUACUUCAAGAAACAAGAGCGACUCGAAGACGGCCAUUUAAUAGGUGCUAAGUCUUUACGUUACCAUGGGAUGGAUGGAUUAAUCGGUCUCACAAAGGAAACGAGGGAGCCAACACUUAAAUAUCUGGAGGCUUUUGGGGAUAUCGGAAAUACUAUCAAGGACGACCUUAACACUGACGAUACUAUGGGAUACGGUCAACCCUUGUACUACAUAGGCAAGAAUGGUAUUCGGCAAAGCAGUGCAGAAAGUUUCUUAGCAACGGCCAGAUACCGAUCGAAUCUUCACGUAAUGAAAAAGACAACCGUAAGAAAAGUUCUUUUUGAUAAAGACUUGAACGCAAUCGGUGUGGAAUGCAGUACGCCUGAUGAAAAAAUCAUCAAUGUUUACGCCCGGAGGGAAACCGUACUAUCGGCAGGUACUUUGAAUACGCCGAAGAUUUUGAUGUUGUCCGGAAUAGGCCCGAAAGAUCAUCUCGAAAGUGUAGGCGUCCCAGUACUUUAUGAUUCACCGGUAGGCGAGAAUCUUAAAGAUCAUACAGCUGUGUUCGUGGCUCACAAAUUAGAGAAAACCAAUGAUACCACCCCACCACCAAACCCUUCUGACUUUCCAGCGCCAACAGUUAUCGGCAUAAGUGCUUUAGACAAAACCCAGAAAUGCCCAGAUUAUAUGACGUUAAACUUCGUGAUGAGAAAUAAUCCCGCUGCAUUACUACAACUAACUGCCGUCUUUUUUGGUCUACAUGAUGAUGUCAGUAACCAGCUCGCGGCCGCCGGGACGGGCAGCGAAGUUCUGCUCACGAUAUUAAAUCUGUCACGACCCAAAUCUUCUGGUAGCGUUAUGUUACGAAGUUCAAAUCCUGAAGAUCCGCCAAAAAUCUUCUCGGGGUAUUAUUCAAAGGAGUCUGAUUUGAACGAUACCGCUGCGUACAUACAAGAUUUCAUUGAAGUUACAAAGUCGAGAUAUUUCCAAAGCGUUGGCGGUGAGACGAUACAUUUUGAUUUGCCAAACUGCGAAGGUUUGAAGCGGAACACAACAGAGUACUGGAAAUGCUAUAUCCUUAACAUGAUGGAUAGCACAUAUCUCUACAGUAGUACUUGUUCCAUAGGAUCAGUUGUAGAUUCCAGACUCCGAGUUAAAGGGGUUAAUAGACUAAGAGUGGGAGACGCCAGUGUAGCUCCCACCCAAAUCACUGGCAAUAUUAUUACAGCCAGCAUGGUCGUGGCGGAGAAACUGGCCGACAUGGUCAAAGAAGAUUAUCCCAAUCAAUCAGAUCAAAGUCUACAGCAGUGGAUACCAUUGUUCUUUAAACACAUAAAGAACUUUUUGCGGUCGUAA